UUUUUCCCAUUUUAAUUUUUUUUUAAAAAAUAUAUAUUAAAUAAUACCUCAUUCUGGGAAGUAUUUCCCAGAAUGACUCUGAGGUAAUUUCGCUACUCCAAGUAGCAAGAUUUGUUCUGACGUAAUCUCGCUCCUUGAAAUAACGAGAUUUGCCACGUGUCAAUUUGAGAAUUAUUUUAAAAAAAUAUUAUUUAAUAUAUGUAUUUUAAAAAAUGAUAAAUGGGGAAAAAUUCGGUUCCUUGUGCUAUGGUGUUUUUUGGUUUCUUGGAUGGAUCGUCUUGUGUGGACAACCCAAAAUGUGCAGAGUUGGAUGGCCCACGUCAGCCCAGAUUUGUCAAUAUCUGACUGGACAAUAUCAAAUGGUUGACAGAGAGCUUAGUCUCUUUGAACGGCAGCAAAUCCCAAGAUGGGAUUUAAAAAUUUUUAUAAAAAUAAUUACUAAAUAUGUUUAUAUACAUUAUAUUAUUUUUAUUACUUAUUAGUAUCCGUAGUUGAUGGAUGCUAGCAUAUGCAGGCUGUGCACGCUCUGCAGCAACUGUUCGGAAUUCUGACCUGCAGAUCACAUCCAUUAUACUGACAUGCAAAAUAAAAAUGUAAUUCACCUUUUUAGUAAUUCAUUUCUUAAAAAAAAAAAAAAAGUUUCUUUAAUAGGGAGGCCUAAGGGUGGUUAUCGCUUGAGACUAAUUAAGAAAGAGAAAGAGGAGGUCAUUUGUAAUACAAUUCCUUAGUCCCAAUUUUAAGUCUUAGCUACUUUUAAGAAUAAAAAUAAAAAAAUUAAAUCUAAUUUUGUUGAUUUUAGCCUAUUUUUAAAAAUAUCUUUACUCAUAUUAAUAUUUAAAUUAGAAGGAUCUGACACUUUUAUUUAUUAAGUCAAAUGACAAAAAUACUUAUCAUAAAUUGUGUUGGAUCUUGGGGAUAAUAAUAAUAAUAAUAAUGCAAUUAUAAUUUUACAAAAAAUUCAUUAAUAUUGUACUGUUGCCCCCUUAUGUUUUUGGAUCCAUUUAAAUAUUUAUUAAGAUCAGGCAAGACAACAAAAUUAAGAAGUGUAUCCUCAUUUCAAAAUUGUUUCAUAUACUAUUUAAAAUUUUGAAUUUAAUAUUUUUCAUAACAAAUUUGUAUGAUAUCCCACAAGCAUCAAGUUAUCUUUUACUUUACAACCCAAGAAUUAAUUAAAGUAUUAUACAAUAUAUUUUGGAAAUAUUUUUUACCCUUUUAUAAAAUAUUAAAACUUAAAUCCAUCUCUAAAUUCCAAAAUUAUGAUUUAUUUUAAUUUCUCUUUUACCUACCUAACUCCUAAUCUUUCAAUUUUUCUUUUUUAAAAGAUUUAAUAAUGAUAAUAAUAAAUUACAAUAAGACACGUAAAAAGUGAAUGCUUAAUAAAAAUAAGUUUAACAAAAACUAUUGUUUAACAAUAUUUUUUUGAGAGGAUUUUAGAAAGUAGCUCAGCACUCAUAUGCUAUAUUUGUUAACAUUUUUAUUCAAUAUUUUUAUCUAAUUUUACAUUUAAUACAUAUAUGUUUUAUUUUAUUUUAUAAAAUUUUAAUUUUAAAUUUUUAAAAUUUUUUUAAUAUUUCAUCUUUAAUAUUUUGGAAGUACUAUUCAUGUGAAAUUGACAUGCAGAGCAGCUACAGGUAUAGCCAUUAUUUCCUACCAUCCUAUUUUUACUAGCAUCUAUCCAACUAGGAUACCAAUAAGCAAUAAAAAUAAUAUAAUAUAUUAUAUUACGUUAGCCUCAUUAUGGGAAUUACUUCCCAAAAUGAGGUAUUAUUUAAUAUAUUUAAAAAAAAAAAACUCGAAGAAGAUUGGUUGAGGUGCACCAAUCACAUUUGUGUGCGACUGUUCCUCGUCUUGCUGUCACGCACUUGUCGUGUGCUAGUGGAAGACGCGGAAAAAUCAAACUUGUGCUUGUAUAGCCGACGAGUUGGACUGGCAGGUGAACUUGAAGUUGACCGUCAGACAGAGGUGAAACGGCAUCUGGUUGGAAAAUUGGGGAUGAGGGGAGAGCAAUGCUGCCUACGGAUGCCGAGAUCCGUGAUGAAGAAGAAGAAGAAGUGCAUACAUCCAAUAUAUCGUGUUUUCAAGAUGAUGAUGGCUACCCUUGGCGAUGCUAUGGCAAAAAACAAAUUCUUCGGGGAGAGGAACAUAGCUAUUACAGGUGUUCAUUUUUGCCUAAAUGCCGUGCAAAAAAGCGAUUAGUACACUUGCUUGAUGGGAGGACUUUAAUUACUUACCAGGGUGAGCAUGAUCAUUCUAAUGGAUCUUCAACAGACGCUAGACAAGGGAUGCACGGGUCAUCUGGACAUUCGAUGAGGAAGAGAAAAGUAACUGUGCGAGAAGCUAGACUGUGUAUUAAGCAAAGUGGUGAAGAAUUAAUGCCACCAAAUGAUGAUGAGUGGGAGAGAACUGUGGAGGUCCACUUGGUGAAUAGUGAAUUGUCAACAUUAACUGAGAACCCAAGAUGCCCAAAGCUUUCAAAAUUAGUCCUACAAGGAAACUACAAAUUGCGAACCAUUCCUUCUGCAUUUUUUCAACACAUGCCUGCCCUCCAAGUCCUCAACUUGUCCAAGACUGGUAUCAAGUCAUUGCCACUGUCGCUAUUUGGGCUGGUCAGCCUCAAAGAACUCUAUUUAAAUGAUUGUGAGAGUUUUAUGGUGCUAUCGCCAAAAGUUGGAGAGCUUAAGCAUCUUGAGGUACUUGAUCUUGAAGGGACAGAGAUUAUAGAUCUACCUGGAGAAAUUAGAAAUUUGACAAUACUCAAAUGCUUGAAAGUCUCAUUCUAUGGAUAUAUGAACUGUGGCAGGAAAAGUGAGCAGUCAAGAACAAUGAUUCCUCGCUGGGUUAUAUCAUCUCUCUGUAAAUUAGAAGAAUUAUGUAUAGAUGUGAAUCCAGAUGAUGAGCGAUGGCACAUAAUUGUGGAAAAUGUAAUGGAAGAAAUUUGCUGCUUGGAGAGACUAAGAUUUCUCAAAUUCUACUUUCCGAAGGUGGAACUACUGGGGAUGUUGCCAUGGAAGUUUACAUCAAAGUUACUAGUAUCCCGAAAUCGAUUGGUUCAAUUCAGAGUUAUUGUUGGUCAUCAUGUCAAACGGAUCAUAUCUCGACUCCUCCAUGAUGUUGAAUUUGAGCUAAAGCGAUGGCGGAGAUGCUUAACAUAUGUAUACGGUGAGGGAAUCCCUGGAGAAGAAAUUAGAAAGGUGCUUGGACAUGCAACAGCAUUUCACCUAGAUCGCCAUGUAACUGCUAAGAAGUUGUCUGAAUUUGGGAUUGAAAAUAUGAAGCGUCUGAAAUGUUGUAUACUAGGGGAAUGUAAUGAGAUUCAAGCGAUCAUAGAUGGAAAAGAUAUCCUUGGAGAAGCUAGAAUUGGGCUUGAAUCACUAGAAUACUUAAAUAUUUACUACAUGAAAAAUUUAAGAACCAUAUGGGCGGGGCCAGUGCAGACUAGGUGUUUUUCACAUUUGAAAUCCUUAAACUUGCGUACGUGUCCACAAUUGGCUACCAUUUUCACAUGGGUGUUGCUUUUUGUUUUCAGCAACUUGCAAGAACUCAUAGUUGAAGAUUGUCCAGCCAUAAAAAGCUUAGUAACCUGGGAAGACCCUGCGGAGGAGAAAUUCCAAUGCUUAAAAUCAUAUUAUUUACUUCCAAAGUUGAAAAAGAUAUCACUUCAUUUCACACCGGAAUUGACUAAUCUAUCUGGUGGCCUACGCAUUGCACCAGAGUUAGAAUGGAUGAGCAUUUAUGACUGCCCAAAGCUCAAGAGUUUUUCACAUGGAGAAUUGUCUAGCAGAAAGUUGAAGACCAUCAAGGGUGAGAGACACUGGUGGGAAGCACUGGAGUGGGAAAUUUGCCGGCCAGAAUGUUUGGCUGCUAUAUUUAUCCCAAUUAAAUCACCCCUCGACAUAAUCGAAGAUAAAGCCACAUGAUUAAUUCUCGUACCCAUGAAUUGAGGGAGCGUCUAGCAUACUUCUAGAUGAUCAAAUGUCAUGAGGGCCCAUUAGCGUGGAGAAGAAGUUGUUUCAAGUGGCUUACUGUCCCUGUAAUAGAGUUCAUUGUAGAGUAAAUCAAUAUCCAAAGCAUGGAGCUUGAGCCAUGCAAGCAGUAUUAGAUGGUGGUUAGAACCGAGACCUUACCUUAUGAGUUUAUAGCUAAUUAUUAAGAAAUAAGAACCGGUUCUGGAAUGUAUAAACUAAGUCUGGCAUCUUUCAGUGUCGCAUGAUUUCUAAAUGUGUGUGCCUAUCUAAUAUAUUAUU